GCCGAGAUCAGAUCUUCUGCGGGUCCCCAGCCAGCUUCAUUCCCGGAAAACUGGGACAAGAACUACUACAGUGUCAGAAUCAGACUACCAUGGCGGCAGCUCAGAGGUCACAGAAGUCGCUUGACUUCUGCCAUGAUACCCACUCAACUGCCCUCUUGCAAGGUUUGCAGGAACUGCGAUCAGACAACUUGCUGGUAGAUGUCAUCCUUUCUGUUUCAGGGAAAGAGAUCCCAUGCCACAGAAAUGUACUCGCUGCUUGCAGUGGAUAUUUUCGUGCAAUGUUCUGCAAUGGACAUCGUGAGAGCAAGGAGCAUAAGGUUACCAUUCACGAGGCCAGCCCCAGUACCUUGCAGCUUCUUGUUGACUAUGCCUACACGUCAAAGGUGACCAUCACAGAGGACAAUGCUGCAGAACUGAUGGAAGGGGCCAGUUUCUUCCAGGUUCCACCAGUCAGGGAAGCUUGCAUAAAGUUCCUGUCAGACAAUCUAAACAUCAAAAACUGUAUGAAAGUGGUAAUCUUAGGUGGCAUGCUGGACCUCAAUCUUGAGGCAGAUGCACUGUCAUAUGCCAUGAAAGAGUUUGCAGCAGCCUGCAAGACACUGGAGUUCCUUGAUUUGACAAAGGAGCAGCUAAUAAAGCUCAUCUCAUCAGAUGACCUUAAUGCUCCAGAAGAAACUGUGUACAUGGCAGUGAUGAAGUGGAUCAACCAUGACACUAGUAAGAGGAAGAAGGAGAUGAGAGAGCUGAUGGAGCUGGUCAGGUUCCCCUUCAUGGACAAGAUGUACUUCAUGGAGAAGGUGGAGACAGACAAGGUCAUAUGCAAAUGUUGCCCAGACAUCAUUUCAGAAGGUCGGAAGUAUCAUAUAUUCCCAGGGGAGGUCCAGUCACCCCGCACCCGCCCCCGCUGUGUCAGUGGUCUGAAGGAGGCAGUAGUGGUCAUCGGAGGGAUUGAGAGACUUGCAGUGGGAGGAAACCAUUCAGUUUACAGCAACUCCAUCCAGAUGACACACUCAUCUGCACCAUCAAGUGAAAGUUGGGUUCCUAUGACCACAAUGAGGAGGAAUAAUGACCGUGGAUUUGCAGUGGCUGUUUUGGGCACAAGUGACAUUGUAAUGUCCGUUGGUGGGCGUCAGUGUGGCGAUGUUUGGUUGUAUCACACAAGACUUGACUCCUGGUCAAAACUUGCUCCUAUGAACAUGGCAAGGUCCUUUCACAAGCUUGCAGUGAUUCAAGGUAAAGUGUAUGCAAUUGGUGGGACAAGCAAAGACGGUAUAACAUCCAGUGUGGAAGUCUAUGACCAAAGUCUGAACAAGUGGACUGAAGGUGUUCCCCUCCCACAGCCAAGAGGAGCGCAUGCAGCUGCAGUGUUAGAUGGCAGUAUACAUGUGAUAGGUGGACGUGAUGCUGAGGAGAAGCCAAUGUGUACAGUGUACCGCUUCAGCCCAGGAGACUGCCAGUGGUAUUCAGCUAGGGACAUGCCUAAGACAGCUUCCUUUAUUACUGCUUCAGUUCUCAAUGAUAGCAUCUAUGUUGCUGGGUUUCCCUUAAAUGUGCUGUGUUACAGGCCUCAGGAGGACUUGUGGACUGCUGUAACCCAUGCUGGUGCUGGACCGAGGUGCGGUAUGACUGUCUUUGGUGGUGAGAUUUACAUCUAUGGGGGCUAUAAGUGGGGCAAUAUAACAAGUGAAGUUUUUUGGCUUAAUCGCCAAGGCAAGUCACUUGAGUGGGUGGGAACCAUGCCUAAGGGUUUGUAUGGGCAUGUUUGUGUCACCAUAUUUAAGGGGUGAUGUAGAGGUUAGUUCCCCUUGGUGCCAUCCAAUUUCUGCCGGAGCCCCUAUGCUUGCAUCCCUAAAAAAACUGGUGGUAAAUCAAAUGGUUUCUGUUCAUUCGGACCCUUGUACUUGUAGUGUCUAGUGGGAAAUAGGGCAGCAAGUUUCUAAUGCUGUUUUAGUAGGAGGGAUUUUCAUGGAGCCUGUACUAGUCUUUAUGUUUUACAUGUGUAGCCUUUUGUAAUACUGUCAGUAGGAAGUAUUGAACAACAAAGGUUACAUGUAUAUUCUAAAUUGAAUAACAUUCGUAAUUGGUAGACUAGCUUUGAAUAUUGUAAUUAGAAUCCCAACGUUGAUGAUUGAUAGGGCAUAUCCUUUCAAAAGGCACUUGGUAUUUAAGUAUGUGUAUUCUGUAAAGGGAAGAACACUAGAAGAAAUAGUGACUAGUGUUUGAUAUAUAGGAUCUAUGAUAUAUCUUUGGCUAUUUUUCUAUACUUGAUGGUCAGUUUGCUGCAACAGAAAAGCAUUGUUCAUACAUCUGCUUUGAUUAAAUCUUGGUACUGGUAGUGUGCUGGAUUGCUUGUUGUUGUGGGUUCAAAAUGUUUUGCAAUUUUUUAAUUUUUUUUCACCCUGUCACAUCAUUUUUUCCUGCAUAAAAUCUAAAACCCAACAAA